AUCUUCCUAUAAAAUGAGGCUCAAUAUGGUCUACCUUCAGACAAUACAAACAACAUCGAUCAAUACUUAAUCAAUGGCUUCUUCUAUUUCCUUCCUUUUAGCUCUCUCUUUACUUCUCAUAUCUUCUCAAUUGUGUGUGGCUGCAGUACAUAGCGAUGUGCCAUUGGUGAAAGGCCUCUCCUGGAAUUUUCACCAUUCGAGCUGUCCUAAUGUGGAAACUAUAGUUAGAAAACAUCUUAAGAAAGUGUUUAAGGAAGAUGUUGGCCAAGCUGCUGGCUUGCUUCGCCUCCAUUUCCACGACUGUUUUGUUCAGGGAUGUGAUGGUUCGGUUUUACUAGAUGGAUCGGCAAGUGGACCUAGUGAACAACAAGCACCGCCAAAUUUGAGUCUCAGGAGCAAGGCAUUUGAAAUCAUAGAUGAUCUUCGCAAGCUUGUGCAUGACAAAUGUGGUAGGGUUGUUUCUUGUGCUGAUAUCACCGCAAUUGCUGCUCGUGAUUCUGUUCAUUUGUCUGGUGGGCCGGACUAUGAAGUCCCCUUAGGCAGAAGAGAUGGACUAAACUUUGCAACAACAGAAGCAACCUUAGCCAACCUUCCUGCUCCAUCAAGCAAUGCGGACACCAUCCUCACCUCCCUCGCCACUAAAAACCUCGAUGCCACUGAUGUGGUAGCCCUCUCUGGUGGUCACACCAUUGGCAUCAGCCACUGCAGCUCCUUCACCGAGAGACUCUACCCUUCAGAAGAUCCAACCAUGGACGAGGACUUUCUUAAGGACCUCAAGUACAAUUGUCCACCAAACUCCAACAACACAACUCCUCAGGAUGUUAGAACGCCUAAUCUAUUCGACAACAACUACUACGUUGAUCUCAUUUUCCGACAAGGGCUUUUCACAUCGGAUCAAGAUCUGUACACUAAUAAAAAGACCAGAGAAAUUGUCAAGAGUUUUGCUCUUGAUCAAGAGCUUUUCUUUGAGAAGUUUGUGCAUGCCAUGACUAAAAUGGGACAGUUGAGCGUCCUGGCUGGGAAUCAAGGCGAAAUCAGGGCAGAUUGCUCGUUCAGGAACUCGGAUAAUCCUUCGUAUCUGAAGUCUAACGUAGCUGAUUUUGACGAGUCGAAAUCAGAAUUGUGAUGAAUGAAUACAUGGUUCUCAAGCAAUUCUCACAUCUUGUAUAAUAGCCUAAUAGGUGAACUUGCACUCUAUGUUGUAGUAUGUCGAUCGUAUUAAUGCGUUUGUUGACUCCAGUUUGCUUCAUCAAUAAAAUUUCAGAUUCAUUUUUGUAUCAAUGUUAAAUUAGUUUUUACAAUUAUGUAU